AUGGCCAAAAUUCUGAAAUCCAUCAUUGUGCUCUUCAUAUUAUUGGCAUCAAACUUGGUUGAUGCCAAAAUGCGAGUGAGUGUGACCAACAUGUUAGAUCAUAACCUGGACUUGACUAUCCACUGCAAGUCCAAAGAUGACGACCUCGGGGAGCAUCUUAUUCAUCACUUACAACGCUAUGAGUUUGCAUUCGGCGAAACAUUCUUUGGUACAACUCAAUUCUUUUGUGGCUUUCAAUGGAAAGGAGCCUUCAAGUGGUUUGAUAUAUACAUAGAGAAAAGGGAUGCAUGUUAUUCUGGACGCUGCAAUUGGAAAAUUAAGCAGCAUCAAGCAUGUAUGCAUGACGGUGACAGUGAGAUUGAGAUUUGUUAUCCAUACAAUAAAGUAGGAUGA